CGCAUAUUAUUCACAAGAAUAAACGACUAUUUGAACUGCUUUGAAAAAAUUCUAAUAGAAACCGAAAAUACAGAAUGAAAAUAGAGAAAGCAGUUGCUCAAAGAUACCCCCAGAUUCUACAAUUAGUAGAACAAUUUAAUAUGAGAGAAGGCCAAGGAGCCGUUUUUUGGGAAGAUAACGUUAUUGAAGAACUCCACAUUGUCGGUGCAGAGCCUGAUAAGCUGAUUUGGGAGUUUAAAGUCAAGGAAGUGCAUUGUAAUAGACUAGGAAACCUUCAUGGUGGUUGUGCUGCUACCCUCAUUGAUAUAUGUAGUAGCUUUGCUGUACUGACUAAUAGUGGUAAAGCACGUUGGAAUUUGAUUGGUGUCUCCACUGACUUAUCUGUCUCAUAUCUCAAAGGCGUUCCAGCAGAAACUAUGAUUCGACUUGAAUGUGAAGUUCAAAGAGUCGGGAAAACGUUAGCUAACAUAUUCACCAAAGUUUAUAACGAUCAGGGCCAAGUUUGCUACACAGGCUCCCAUACCAAAUUUAACAUUGAUCCGAAGUUGUAAAUUUUGAUGAUAAUAAAUGGAAGUUUAUAC